AUGAAGCAUACCGAUCGUGGGAAGUCUCCAGGUCCAGAUGGACUACCUGCGGAGUACUACCAGCUUUUUCCUGCCAAGUGGGCUCAAGUCUUGGAGCUUGUUUAUGCGGCUCAAUUCCGGCUAGGUCGCAUGUCCAAGUUUCAACGCCGCGCCUACAUCUCGCUACUCUUUAAGAAGGGAUCAAGAUUGGAACCCAAGAACUAUCGGCCCUUGACUUUGCCGAAUCAAGAUGCCAAGUUCGGCCCAAAAAGCAUUGGCUUAUUGCCUUAA